AUGUCCGGAGCGUUGAGCAAGCGGCAACAGGCGCGCAAUGAGCGCGCUCUUCAGGAUCUCAUAAAGGCAGUCCCUGGAAAUAAUGUGUGCGCCGAUUGUCAGGCAAGGAAUCCAGGAUGGGCAAGUUGGAGUAUGGGGACAAACAUAACAAAAGUCAAAUCGUUAAGCAUGGAUUCUUGGUCCAAUGAUCAAGUCGAAAACAUGAAGCGUGUAGGAAACAUCGCAUCGAAUCGAGUAUAUAACCCCCAAAAUGCGAAUCCGCCUAUUCCGCUCGACGUAGACGAAGCCGACUCGGCGAUGGAAAUGUUCAUCCGACAGAAAUAUAUAGACCGGGCUGUGAAGGCGCCACAGAUUCGGCUUCCGAUCUGCUUCGUCGAUUUUCCACUUUCUUCGAAGCAUCGCCGAGAGGCAGCACAAUCCGAUUUGGAGCCCUCAAGACAGCGACCACCAUCUCCCCGACAAAACAAGCAAUCCAGGGUAUUCAGUGCAUCAGGGGGUCCUGAAUGGACAGAGGAUUUGGAGUUGAAGAUGGCUAAACUCCAAGAUGUGGGCUUUAGAGACGAAAAAAGAAAUAUAGCAGUUCUGAAAGGACUUGGGGGCAAUUUAGAGAAAUCGAUUGAGACCUUGCGUCUUGUAGAGGGAGCUGGUUCCACCGCAGGUGUGGAGCCUUCGGAAACGUCUUGGGCCUCUUCUUUGUUUGCGGGACCUAUCGCUCACCAGCACGGUGAAAUGACAGGAAACAACCCUUACCAGCAGAACCAGAAUCCGAACCCGUUUGGGCUUAUGCCAUAUCAGUCACAAUAUUCUCCGAGCCAAGAUUUCCAGAAUAUGUCAGUUUCACACUCACAGCUUCUCUUCCCCGACAACACCGACGGGUUCCCCGGUCCGCAACCACCACAAUAUCACCAACUGUACCAGCAGUCCAUGACACCUCAGUCUCUCCCUCACCAAUAUUACCCUUCGGUGAUAUAUGAGAAUCCUGCACAGCGACCUGUGCAGAAUAGCAACUACAAUCCGUUCAUGCAACAGCAGGCGCAGCAGCAGAUGCCACAACAAAUGCAACAACCUCCGCCUAUAAAUACAAAUUUCCAACACAAGAAGCCAUUCCCUUGCGGACAUUGCGAGAAGAGCUUUUCGAUAAAAGAUGCGUUAACGAUGCAUAUCUUAGUCGAUGGCUGCGGAAAGGACGGAGCGACUUCUCAAAACGACCCCAAAUCGAGUAGCGAAUCUCCCAUUGACAAAAGGGUCAGAAUCCUCAACUCGGCGGAUAGCGACGAUCAAGAAGAAGAGGCCCGAAAGAAGGCAAACAAAGAACCUCUGACAAAUUUACAGAAACCGAAACAAGUACAGAAGGCCCCAAAAUCUCCUGCUCCAGUUAUUGUGUCCAAUGCAAUGAAGAUCGAUAUCGGCUUGAGAACGGGGAGUACUGAAAACAAAGAAUAUUCAAUUCUAGAGAAAAUUCAGUUGGAGGUUCAGUUGGUCCUUACAAACACCCCGGGCCUACUGGUCACAAACUUCGGGAAAGCUCAUAUGGAAAGCAAAUUUCGGGUGUGGUGGAACCCCAGGGACUUUAUGCGCCGUCAAUUUGGAGAUUCCCAUUUAGCAUCCAUUGGCUCUGUUAUUGUCCUGAGUGGAACGCCACUGAAUGCGCAAGCGACAACCUGCAAAGAGUACCUUCAGAAGCAUUGGCCUACUACUUGUCUGACCUUGCUAAAAUGCCUGGAAGAUUGUAUGAAUGGACUCAGGGACGUUACCAGAGGCGAUGACUUGGAACUAUGCAAUUGGAUGGAAGGGGAAAAGCUAAUCUUUGAAGCCGAAGGAACAGGAGAAAAAAUUGUUGAAAUAGCGCAACAACUUUCCUGGCUUGGAGCUGCACUACGGCAUUCACCGGAUGAUGGAUUAAAGAAUUCAGAGGCUAAGAUCAAACGAGGACAAGAAGUCGGUCUCGUAAUACCACUGGAAAUGAUGGCGGCACUAACUGGAGUGCGGCAUGCCGUUGAAUACCAAGGGGGAAUUCUUCUGAAAGGCCAUUCCAGUGCUUUCUUGCCUGUGAAGCGAUACAAAGAUUCUAUCCAGUGGCACUAUAUCGAAAACGACGAAAACGUGCGGUUGCCGUAUUGGGAAGUGGAGGCACGGUGUCCAGGGCGGGCGAUGCUGGAGGAAGUGAGCAUGGACAGUCUGAAGAAUACUCGCGCUUUUGUUGGAUGGUGGGGCACGACUGAGACUCAUCUUGGGACGGAAACCGCCAACUAUGAGAAUAUUGAUUGGUCUGCUUCUGACCAGGUGGGCCGUCCUAUUAGGUUCUCGGGAGUGACUCUGGGAUUCCAACAAAUUCUGACUGGCGAGGUAAAUUUCUCCUUGGGGGCUAGGGAUGGUAAGCUACACGUUGAGAGGAAGGGGCCUUACCAGAGAAUUGUUCAAUGCGCUGCGAGGUCCCCAGUGGUGCUCUAUGAUUCUUGCGAGAAGAGAGCCUGGCUGGUCCCUUCCUCGGCGGUGAUCUUGCACAUUGCGAAGACGCGAUAUUAUAGGAAUCCGUAUAUGAACGACGGAAACAAAAUCGCCUUCCCAUCGGCGGAUCCAUUGACGAGCAACCACGAAGCUGCUGAGAAAGUAUUACUAGAGCAGGCUCCCUUCAAGCUUUGUACCCAAGACGAUCUUGAAAAUCAAGACUAUUACCUGCGAGAUCUUGUGCAGGAUAUUUGGUCGUACCUGGAAAGCUUGUUAGAUAAGAAUGUUAAGAAGGAAGCAACUUCCGAUCCAGAGGUUCGAGGAACGAUGAGGGACAUACUUCGAGGUUGGGAAUUCAUGGAUCUAGUAGAUGACAGGUCGCCAUUUCGACUCAAAGAAACCUACAUCGAAAAAAGCAGUGGUGGCUGGACAGAUUUGGCUCGAGACAUUGAUGCCGUCGUUCUAUUUGGAAGUGGAUUCGAAGACAUCAUCAAGCCAAACGCAGAAUCUAUGGCAGGACUCUGCCACAUGUGGAAGAGUGUUCCUAAAGGAAAGGACUACCUAACGGCCAGUGUUCCAACGAUGAAUCAGUUAUAUGAGCAAGCUGGCUCCAAAUUGUCCCGAAAACAUCUCACGUCCACGCAUCUUCGGUGGCAUCAUGGAGGACAGCUUUGGGAGCGCUGCGAGUCCACGAAGCCCUUCUUCUGCAGCUGCAACCGUCUUCAGCAGGUAGUCUCUGAAUAUUUUACACAGCCUGGGAGUGUCUCGGAUCCUGGUCCACUCGAGGAAAAAGGAGCUGUGAUAUUUGGUCAAGCCAGCGACCCGCUAGCCUCCACAGUGUUAGAGCUAUUGAAGCCAAAAGUUAAGCAAUGUGGCAGUUUGUAUAGCCAACCGAACGUGGACUUGCUGAGUACGGACACUUUCAGCUCGCCUGAUCCCAACUUAUCUUCUGAUACCGGAACCUCCUCAAUCUUGAGCGUAUCUGUUUCUACUCUUCCGACAUCGGAUGAAGAUGAUCAAAAUCCAAAAGUUGAGGGCUCAUUCGAACCCCUAGGCUCUAGCACUAUUAAAUCGAUUGAAAAUGACGGGAAGAGGAGGUCACGCUCGCUGAAGCGGAGUCACUCGAGGGAAGAUGCUAGAUCCACACGUCAACCCUACCGGCGACAACGAAAACGAUGUACUGAAGAGAUAAGGGGAGUCGAGGCGCAAUGCGAAGUCGACCAUACGCCUGCCCUUUUGAAUACACCUGAUGGACGAUGCGUAGCAUCUUUAGUCGAGAAGACUACUGGAGACGGCAAAAAGCUUUCCCUUCGCCGUAAAGGGAAUCUCACCAACCAGAAUGAGACUAAUGAUAGCACCCAACGUGGUGGCAACGUGGCCGCAAUUCGGAAUGGUUGA